AUGCUCAAGGACGAGGUCCGCACCCUUGCCUACCGUGAUGCCAUCAUGCGCAACAAGCACGUCUUCGAGGGUAAGAUCGUCCUCGACGUCGGCUGCGGUACUGGCAUCCUGUCCAUGUUCGCCGCCAAGGCCGGUGCCAAGCACGUCUACGCUGUCGACUGCUCUAGCAUCAUCAACCAUGCUCGCAACAUUGUCAAGGACAACGGCUUCGAGGACAAGAUCACCCUGAUCCAGGGUAAGAUCGAGGAGAUCGACCUCCCCACCGACAAGGUGGACAUCAUCAUCAGCGAGUGGAUGGGCUACUUCCUGCUGUAUGAGUCCAUGCUGGAUUCGGUUCUGUUUGCGCGCGACAAGUGGCUGGUCGAGGGCGGCCUCAUCCUGCCGGACAAGGCCACCCUCCUGAUCACCACCAUCGAGGAUGGCGAGUACAAGGAGUCCAAGCACGGGUUCUGGGACAAUGUCUAUGGCUUCGACAUGUCGGCCAUCGGCAAGCUGGCCAUGCGCGAGCCGCUGGUGGACACGGUCAACGGCGAGGCCGUCAACACCAAGCCCCAGGUGGUCUACUCGAUUGACAUCCUGACCGUCAAGAAGGAGGAUCUCUCCUUCGAGGUGCCCUUCUCCCUGCGCUCGGUGUGCAACGACUACAUCCACGCCUUCGUGGUGUACUUCGACAUCGAGUUCUCGCACGGCCUGCACAAGCCGGUCACCUUCAGCACCGGCCCCCAGGCCCCGUACACCCACUGGAAGCAGAGCGUCCUCUACAUCGAGGACAUGCUGACCAUCCGCCGCGGCGAGGUUGUCGAGGGCAAGCUCUCGUGCAAGCCCAACGCCCGCAACCCCCGCGACCUGGAUAUCGUGCUCAGCUACGAGUUCGACGGCGCCAUCUCCCAGAGCAAGGGCACCAUCGAGUACCACAUGUGCUAA